AUGAUGACAAUACCCAUUCCAUCAACCGCAUCCAUUGUGUCCCAGAUCAUGAGCAGCAGCAGAAGAUCCAAGAAGGAGGAGACGUUCUAUAUCCCAGUGGGGCUCACCACGUUUCAGAAAGACCUCAUUGAAAUACUGGUCUCCAUCCAUGCUCAUUCCUUCCAGAAUGAAUCCAAGACGGCUACUCCUCGAGAGCAAGACUCCAGUAAGUCCUCUGUGUCGUCAUCAAUCCCACAAACUUUAUCCGAUAGACAGAUGAACUAUAUCUUUGAUACCAAUAUCAGAUCUGUCAUUAAUCAUCCAUCCUUACUGGUGGAUCAUUAUAUGCCCAGACAAUUCUUGAGAAUGGAACCUAAUGAAAGAUUAAUUAAUACAAGCGGUAAAUUUAAAGUCUUUCAACAAUUAUUAUUUAAAUUGCUGGAUAAGGAGAAGGAUGAGGUGUCCAAGAAGGUUCUUUUAAUUUCACAUAGUAUUAAGGAAUUGGAUAUCUUAGAAGGUUUCCUAUUAGGUCAGAAAGUUAGGAUUAAGAGAAUAUCGGGAACAUCAUUGUACGAUGAGGGUCACCCAGGUCCGGUUGCUGAAUCAUUAUCAUUAUCAUCAUCGUCUUCAUCAGAGAGUAAUGUUAAGAAAUCGAGAGAAAAUUCUUCCACUCCAAUUUCAUCCACGUCAUCACAAUCAAAUACAAAUGUUUCCUUCUCAGGAUAUUCUAAGGACGGUUAUUCUUAUACCAAAAAGAGAAAGUUGAAUCCCCAUGAUAUUGAUCAAGUUGAAGAAUGUAAAAGUAGAGAACAGGAUUGUUUAUUGUUGGCAACGACAACACAUUUGAAAAACGACGAGGAUUUAUUGAAGGAUUUCGAUAUUGAUAUUAUUAUCAGUUUUGAUCCCAUGCUUGAUCCCUUAUUAACUGCAAUUGAUAAAAAAAGAUACAUCAAGGACACUGGUAAGCGAACGUCGUCUCAUAGAAGAAUAAUCCCCAUAAUAAAAAUGCUAGUAUUGGGAUCACCAGAUCACUUUAUUUUAUGUAAUUCUGACGGAGAAAAGGAAACUUAUGAAUUCUUGAAGGCAUCUUUGGAUUAUUUUUUAAAGACUAGAACAUUAAAGAGGGAAGAUGUUGAAUCAUUAGAUUUGACUAAUUUUAAAGAAGCUUUAUUCGGUGAACCCGACGUGACUUGUAAUUGUACUUCCAUCCCGCCUUUAGAAUCAUUCCCCCAUGAUGCCGAUGUUGAUUACCUUACUCCUAAAUUUUCUCCAUUGCAACAUUCAUCAGAUAAGGAUUCACAGACGUUGUGUGUUUCACCACUUAGCUUGAAAUCUUAUCAGGAAGAAUUAAUGCGGAGGUCCAUGCAACGAUUCGAUCAAUUGAAAAAAGAAAUUAAAGAAAAUGAUAAAAUAUUACGAAUUAAUAGGUUAAAGGAAACCACGAGACAAAAUGAAAUCGAUGUAUUGAAAAAUGACAUUGGAAUUAUUUUCAAGAAAUUUCAAGAAUCUGAAAUAUCUGAAACUGGAUUGAAAAAAAGAUUGGAAAGAUUGCUAGGUGAAUCGAUAAAAUUAGAUAAGAGUAAUACGGUUUUGGAGGGCCAACUGGAAGAGCUAACGGGCCUAGUAUCGUUGACAGACGAGAGUAAUAUCGACUCUAAACUCGCCGAAUACACAAGAGAUAACACUUUUAAAGAUAUAAAAUUAAAUGAGUUGACUGUUGAUAACAAAGCAAAAACUACAAAAAAUGAUGAUUUGAGAAUGGAAUAUCAGACGAAAUCUACCAUAGCUGUAGAGAAGGCCCAAACCCUUCAAGAUUUAAAGAGGAUUAAGAAAGAGACUGAAGAAAGAAAAAAUGGACCUCUUAAUACAAUGACUAAUUUAGAACCAUUACUAUCUCGUGAGAAGAAAUUGAAAGGGGAUCUGGAAUCACUUGUUCAAAACUCUAAAUUCUUGAAAGACUUAAUCAAAUCUUUAAAUGAUAAGUAUCCAAUAAUUGGAGGGAAGGAGUCUUCUUCUUCUUCUACGAGUUUACGAGAUAACGCCGGCAAUGGUAACGGAAGAUAUCGCUCAAGAAGGGGUAAUACUCCUAAUUAUACGAGAUAA